AUUUGGAGUAAACAAAUUAAAAAAGAAGGUAUUCUCUAAUCUCUAUAACUUCUUACCACUAUAUAAGCAUACAAAUUUCCUGUCACUUCCACUACCGAGCUAAGAAAACCAAGCACCGACUUGCAAGGCUAUUAAAAUCAAAACUAGCAACCAAUCACCAUGGCCUACCGCUACCAGAGCUCCUAUGAGGCUGAGAACCAAGACUACUCCUACAGUUCAAUGGGGGCUGUGGGUGGCAUGGGAGGCAUGGGGGCUGUGGGUGGCAUGGGAAGCAUGGGGACAAUGGGGGCAAUGGGGGGCAUGGGGAACAUGGGCCACAAUGCCCACAACAGCCGCCUUGGGUGUGAGAAUGGUUUAGGUAGUAGCCAGAUGGGUGGGUACUCCAGCUAUGGCAAUGCCAAUUCAGGAUAUGGGCUAGGAAACCACCAUGGACAGGGCUACCACCACAACCGCCAUGGUGGUGGUGCAUUGGCUUCUAACUAUGCGAUGAACCAAGGGGGUAGCUUUUACUCUGGCAAUAACUCCUGCGACCCAUGCCCGAGGUUUUUCUGAGCAGAAGAAUGUCCCCUGAAACCAGUAAUCCAGAAUUCUGGUAACAAUAUGUACUAUGUAAUAUCUAGAAUAAAUAAAUACCCUGCAAGCCCUAGGCUCUUGGCAGAGGUGUGCAGUUUGCUAAUGGUCUGUUUGCUAAAGUUUUAUUAAUAUAAUGAAGAUCCUGCAAUUGUCAUUCUAA